AUGUUCUGGGUAUUCAAUUCGCACUCGAUUGACGUGAUAUCAUUUUUUCAACCAUUGGUCAUUAUAAUUGGCCUGUAAUCGUAUAAUCCCAGAAUAGUUUUCCAAUUCUGAUCGAAGAUGAUGAAUCCAACCUGCCAGCUGGGGUUGAGGCCAGGAUCAUAUCCCGCGCGUUCGACGAGCUUUUUGCAUGACGAAGUUUACGCGCUUCCAGUCGCAAAACCCAUCCGGAUAUUUCAAUUCGUGAGGAAAACUUUUGGCGAUAGGUUCGAUUUGAACACGUUGAUUAAAUUUAAUAUUCAACCUCACAGCUUAUCGUGGCGAUUCUAUUCGCUAUUACCAUCUGGUCACUUUCGAAAGAAACAACCCCGAUGGACAACGUCGUUGUCAUUAUGCUGACAGCUAUAUUCAGCAGUUUUCUGUUCAUCUCUUUGAUCGAUAUAAUCAGUCAGUUUGGAGGAGAUCCGAUACCCGAUACACCCGUAAGUCUGAUAUUUGCGGUAUAAAAAAAGAAGCAGAAGCUGCAGUUCUAAUGAAUAAUACUGAUUGAAAUUUUACAGACCGAUCAAAAAUAUAAAUUUCAAUAUUCCAGAUGUUUCUGUUCGGAGUAGUGGGCACAGUUCUUUUCCUAAUAGCUGCGGGUGGCGUUUUUUUUAUAUGGUCGAGAGCUGGAUCAUCCUGGGAAUUAUUGUUGAUAAUGUGCCUCUGUGGAAGUUGUGCGGUUUUAUACCUGAUCGAUGUACUGCUCAUAUUUCUUUACGGUUACUGAGAUGCUCGUGGACUAAAAUUAUAGUCAAUUACAACGCACGAUUUCUGGACAAUUCUUUUUUUAUUUUGUACAUAUUAUACGUAUUUUUCACAAAUUUUUCGAUAUUCAGAACGAAAAAUUGACGAGAACUCGAUCAUUUCGAUAGAUAGAUCAAUUUGGCUUACAGAUUCGGAUUUCCAAGCUCGAAAUACACGAGAACAGCAUAAGAAACCCAUUAAAAAACGUCGAUUUUUGGGCUAAAAAUGGAGUACCUAUUUUUAAAAUCGAUCGUAUGACCCUUUUUGGCGUAUUUUGACCCCAUGAACACGAAUUUCAUUUAUGUAUAUCUCAUUUUUUUUGCUCUGAGAGGUGAAAAAUCGAAGUGUAUAUAUAGCAUAGUUUUUUGAGAAAGAGAUCAAAGAUGUAACCGCUCUUAAAAUUCACAUCCAAAACGCCGAUAACUUGGCAACAGAUUUUCUAGAGACAAAUGAAACUUCAGUGUACUUGACAGAUUAAUGGAUCAAACGUCAAACUACUUCGAAUUAGUUUAUCACGCGUUCCUUUACAGUUGAUGAUAUAAACUUCAUUAAAGUUAGUAAUCUAACAAUUCACAGUCCGAAAACCCGUGGAGGUCAACCGGAGAAAACCCAAUACACUCUUUUAACAUGGGUUUGUAGAAAAUUUGAAAAAACCAAACCUACAAAAACUAAAAAUCGUUUUGCACUAUACGAUACAGAAAAUGAGGAAAAGGUCACCGGGUCUAACGUACAGUUUAAAAAUACUGAGGUAGAAAAUCCGGAGCCCUCUGAUAUCGAGAGAACAGGCCGAAUAGAAACUAAAAAUCCGAGGUGCUGGUGUGGCCGAUUUUAUCGAAUAGCCAAACCACUUAGAACGGUUGAACUUGUAGGUUGAUAAAAAAAAAAAAAUCGAAAUAAUUAUCUUCCAUAAUAUUCCAUUAAGCAUAAUGAAAUUCAUUGCUUGCCGGAAAAAAGCUCAUCCUCGUGGCACUCUCUGCGCUGAUGAUUUACGCGAUGGUAAAAAAUUGGGGAAAAUUAUCGGCCGACGCUAAAGUUACCGCGAUACUUUUGAUCGCUUUAUUUGCCACCUACCUAUUCGUCCUGAGUCUCGACAUGAUCAGUCAAAUAGCCGGAGGCACCGUACCCGACACUACGGUAAGACUGAUUACCAUUGAUUUAUUUUAUUAAAAAUUAUACCGUGAGUUUUCCUUUUCACGAUUAACAGAUGCUCCUGUUCGUUGCAUUGGGUGUUUUAUUAUUUGCUGCCGCAGGGGAAGGAGUCUACUUCGUUUUUUACCCGUUAAAACCCAAUGCGGUAUUCGUCGCCGUAAUGAUCCUGUGCCUCAUCGAAGCCGCUAUAUUCCUGUUAGACAUAAUUCUGCUGAUACUGUGAGGAACAUGUGCCCAAAAACUUCGUUCGCAUCUGACCACGAGCGAAUAAGUAAAAUUAUUUUUAUCACAUUUUAAGGAACUGGCGACAAUCUUGCAUGAGAGUCGACAGGUGUCCUUUUGGCGCCCCGUACAGCAACGUGACAAUUUACAGACCAAGUGAAAAUUACUCCCAAAAAACAAUCAGCACCUCAGAGCCACUGCCGAACGUCCGGGAUGUAACGACGAGCGUAAGCGAUUACGAACGACCGUCCCACCCGGAUUUGGCAAAUUUGCACAAAUUUCGUAAAAUCGGAGUAGGUCAACGACGUCAAUACACCGACCGGCCGGUCACCGCUCCUUCUAUAACGAGCGUCAAGGUCAUCGAAGUGCAAACGGAACCACCGCGACAAAAAGCAGUCUCCGACGUCGAGUCGAUGAUCGUUGCGGACGUGAAAGAGGAACCGGCGCAAACGACGCCCAGAUGUCCCGUUUGCGCGAAUAAUUGGGAACGAUACGGAAAUCGAAGAGUACCCGACGAGUUCGGACUUUGUCCGACAUUUUUACAUUUGGCACGAGGUUUUGGAAUGUGCAAUUGUCAGACACCGUCGAUUACACCGUUGGGAAGGAUUUCUGGGGGAUCAAAUGCGGUAUCUACUUCGGAAACAGAUCUGAGCGUCGAAAGAAAGAAUCAAAAGCAACAAAGAGCUGAGAAAAAGUAACAAAUUUGG